AUGGACACCAAGAAGCCGACAGUCUACGUCGCCGGCUUCCCCGCCCAGGUCGAUGAGAACCAGCUCCUCGAGGCGUUCGUCACGUUCGGAGACAUCCUCGAGAUCAACAUCCCUCACGAGCCGCAUGAGCGGGAUGAGGAUGUGUUGAACGAUCUCAGUGCCUACAGCACGCUAACAUCCACAGCGACGAAACACCGAGGUUACGCGUUCAUCACGUUCGCGAACCCGGCGGACGCGCAGGAGGCGAUUGACAACUACGACCUGAACGAGCUUCCGGCGUACCGGGGGCAGGGCAAGUUCCUGAAGUGCAGCAUUGCCGCGCCGAAUAAGUACGGCACUACGGGCGAGAAGGCAGUGUGGGAGUCGGAGCAGUGGCUGCAGGAGCAUGGAGCAGGGAAGGGCACGCCGACGGCCGCGAACGGCGACGCCCCGGCAGAGGCAUAG